AUCUUAGAUACCAUCAUCAUAUGUCAACUUAUAUAUAUUUGUCUUGAUCCGAACACUAGCAAUCUUCUCUCCCAAAGAAGCAAACUUUUCUUUUUCCUUGCAGAGCUCACUCUAUGGGUAGAAGCAUAGAAUCUGAAACACCAUUAAUUAUUGUACAAGAAACAAGUGAUGCCGCUGAUACCCAGUUGAUCAAUCACUAUCUUCAUCAAUUAGAAACCUUUCUUAGACUCUUUGGCUUCUGCCAGUACUCAGUUCUGAGCUUCACUCUCUCAUGGGUCUCCUUCCUCCUUGUGGGUAUUGCACUUCCACUCUUAAUAAUCCAAAUUUCUUACUGUUCCAACUGUGAGAAGUAUCAGAUCAAAAGCUUUGAGCUUGAGAUUUUGUUCUCUCAAUCUCUUGUGGCCGCCAUUUCUCUUCUGUGUAUCUCUCACAAUUUUCGAAAGUAUGGUCUUCGAAAGUUCUUGUUUGUGGAUAGGUACCACGGACACAUGACCCAGUUUCGUGAUGAAUACAGCCGAAAGAUCAAGGGCUUCUUCCGCUUAUUAGUGGUGUGGGUGUUACCUUGCUUCUUAUUGAAGGCUUCUCGUGAAGUUUCCAGAAUCAGAUACAUUGACAAAGACUCGUGGUGGCAAUCCGCUGCUAUCAUAGUUGGUUUGCUCUUCUCAUGGACUUAUUUGAACAUAAUUUUCCUUUCAGGCAGUGCUUUGUUCAAUUUGGUAUGCAACUUACAAAUAAUACACUUGGAGAAUUAUGGGAAACUCUUAGAAAGGGACUUAGAUGUUUCUGAAUACAUCACGGAACACAUUCGUCUAAAUCAUAACCUAUCCAAAAUUAGCCACAGGUUCAGAAUUUUUCUCCUCCUUGAGUUCUUAGCUGUGACAGCUUCAGAGAUUAUGGCUCUAUUGCAGACUACAGGAAAUCGCGGUAUCAUCAACUUCAUCAACGGAGGCGAUUUUGCAGUCUGCUCCAUUGUUGAGCUUGUUGGGAUAAUUAUUUGCCUCCAUGGUGCUGCAAAGAUUUCACAUAGAGCUCAGGCUCUUGCCUCCAUCACUAGCAAAUGGCAUGCUUUGGUUACAUGCAACUCUAGUGACAAUCCUUCUCAAGUUGACAUUUCAAUCAUUGACGGCACAAACAAUGAGGCUGAUAUUACCCAAAGAUCAAUACCCAUAACCUAUUCGGAAAAUGAUCUGGAAUCUGUAGACUUUGUACCAGUGCCUACAAAUGCUCAACUUGCUUCAUCUAUGUCCUUGUACCACAAGAGACAAGCUUUCGUUACUUAUAUGGAAUCGAAUCUUGGGGGAGCUAGCGUAUUUGGAUGGAGAAUUGAUCGGACGCUGGUGAAUACCAUCUUCUUUAUUGAGCUUUCUCUUGUUCUUUUUGUACUAGGGAAAACCAUAACUUUUACAUGAGUUUGUUAGUAUAGAGGGAAAGAAUGACUUUUUCACUGCAAAAGUAUACAUUUUAGCAUAUUUUUGCAAGCAAACUGUAUGGGACGGAUAAAAAUGCAUGGGACACAUACUUGACCAAUUUUUUUUU